AAUUCAUACCAAUUUCAACCCAAGAAGCUUUCGAUAAAGCUUCUGCCUUUAUUUUUAUUUUAUUUUUCCAAAUUUUGGCUCAUGCUCUCUGUAUACAUGAUGUAUGUCUCUGCUAUAAAAUACCUAUUUUUUGCUGUUAAACUAGAUCCCUGAUUUGAUUUAUGCAAUAACCGAUAUCGUUUUCCCCCUCCUUCAAUUUGCAACAAGAUAUCAUGUUUCGUGGGGAUUAUGUUAAUUUCCGUUGUCUAAUAAAAUCAGCAAAGGAUUGGUAGUAGCGUGAGAAUUAGAACUAAGAAGAUUUUGCAGAGUAUGGUAUUUUGGUAUAAGAUUUUAGUCACAAUGAACACUUAGAAGGGUGAUUGAAGCUUUCCUCUCUUAUUGCAUUUUUGACCAGUGUCCUAAUGCACUAUUAUCUUGUUUGACUGACAGUGUCGUAAGACAAGUUUUGUGGGGGGUGUUGAUGAUCGGGUAAGUCAGUUACCUGAUGACAUUCUUGCUGAUAUACUGUCUCGCCUGUCGCUCAAGGAAGCAGGACGCACUAGUGUUCUUUCGUCUCGUUGGAUGAACCUGUGGAAACACACCAACUCUCUCAAUUUUGACACUAAAAGAGAAUCACACAAGCAUUAUGCUCAGCGCAAGUUACUCAAAAGAGAUAGACGCAAGUACGUGAAAUGGGUGAACUCCGUUCUCCGAUCACACAAAUCGACCGUCUUAAAAGAAUUCAGAAUCCGUUUUCCUUUAAACGCAUCAGACAGAAAUACAAUCACUCAGUGGCUUGAAUUUGCAUUAUCAAGACAAGUUCAGAAGUUGGAGUUGGACAUUCAAAAUUAUUAUGAUCCAACCGAAGAGUAUUGUUUCCCCAAUGGGUUGCUGAUCCCAAGCAGUUGCAGAGCAUCUAAAUUGCAACCCCCUUCAGACAACAUUUGCAUAGAUCACCACCCUUGUAUGCUUUUCGACUUUAAGUCCCUCAAAGCUUUGUCUUUUAAAAGUGUCGGUGUGAGUGAUGGAGAUAUCAACUUCUUUCUGGAUAACUGCCCGCAGCUUGAACAAUUGAUUGUCAGUCAAUCGAAAAAGUUAUCAAAGCCUGAAAUUUGUGGUUCAUCCCUCAAGUUAAAACACUUGGAGUUAGUCAAUUGCUGCGGUUUGGAAUCCCUUAAAGUUUCCGCGCCAAGUCUUACUUCACUUCGGGUUACGAGUUUAGACGGGCUUUUACUUGAGAAUGUUCCAAUGCUAGUUGACGUAUCUAUUAGCUGUGAGGAUGGCAAUCUUUCAAUACAACAUUUAUUUUGUUUACUGUCUUGCUGCAUUUCUCAAUUGCAGACUCUUUGCUUAACGCUGAAGAGGAGAGAGGGUAGAGGAGAAAUAGACGAGCUUCCUAAAAUGCCUAAACUAAAGAAGUUGGUCGUCGUAUAUCGUGCAAGUGGUCAUGAAAAUCUUAAUAGACUAGCUGCUUUUAUAAGGGCAUCUCCGAACUUGGUGGAAUUUGAGUUACAGUUUAAAUGGUUUGAUGCACUUUCGAGGAGAGAUAGAGAAGUGAAAGAUGCUAUAAAGAUUCUCCACCGCCACCUCAAAGUUUUCAAGUUUUGUGGCUACUAUGGUGCUACCAAUGAUGUUGAAUUACUCAGCUACAUUUUAGGGAAUUGCGUUGUUCUUGAGAAAAUAAUAAUCGAUCCCUACUUUACAUGGUCUCGUGACAAAUUACAAGUGGAAGAAACUGCAAGGAAUAACGCCAAACAAAAGCUUGCACCACAAGUACCUCAACAUAUUGAAUUGGUUAUUCUAUAAAUUAAACCAUAUGAUGUAUUGUACUAAUUUUUAUACUUUUUAAUUUUAUUUAUUUAUGAGUUUAAACUGAAAAUAGUAAGUUCGAUUGUUGUAUUGUAGAGACACUUGGAAUAAUUUAUCGUUCUCACCAAAUGUUUCACGGUAAUCAACUCAUGAGAGAAGACUAAAUUAUGAAAAAAGUCUUGCCUUUUAGUGUGAUUU